AUGGAUGAGGAUAAUCUAUAUCGUGGAGAAGUUAAUACCACAAACAAUGACACUAAUGAGGAUGAGUUCCCAUUGUCAAAUUCACAAAAUCAACCCCCUCAAAAUUUGAUAGCAGUUAGUGUACCAAGCACAUCUAAAAAGCAGGAAACAUCUGUAACUAAAUUCCGACAAGCGAAAGUUGAAAUCUACCUACCAACAAAAAUUUCUCUCAGGUCCAAGGAAAAAAUUGAUAAAAAACUAAUGAAUUUGUUUAUCAGAGACCUUCAACCAUUUUCUGUCGUAGAAGACAAUGGCUUUAGAGAGUUCGUAUCAACCUUAAAUCCCGGAUAUCAAUUACCGUCCAGAUUUGUUAUAUCAAAAACUUUACUACUUGCCAUGUAUGAAGAAUGUUUAAACGAUGUUAAACAACUAAUGAAUGGUAGAAAGACAAUUUGUAUUACAACAGAUGCAUGGACUUCUAUAAACACCGUUAGUUACAUUGGAGUGACAGCUCACUUUGUUGAUGAAAAGUUUAAUUUAAAUUCUAUUUUACUGGAAUGUUCGUCUUCUAAUAUGCGACACACGGCAGAAAAUUUGGCAGCAGAUCUGCAAAGAGUAUGUAAAGAAUGGAAUAUAGAAAAUAAAGUAAUAUUUGCAGUAUCAGACAAUGCUGCAAAUAUGCAGAGAGCCAUACAGAAUAUAGGAUGGAAACAUAUUGGAUCUGUGGCACAUACAAUUAAUUUAUUAGUUAAAGAUGGGUUAAAAAAUGAUGAAAUACGACAAAUUAUUGCAAAAGUUCGUCAGACAGUAACACACUUUAGAAGAAGUAAUAUUUCGACUGAAAAACUAAUAAAAUAUCAAGAAAAUCUAGGAAAUAAUCCAUUAAAAUUAAUCUUGGAAGUACCGACCCGAUGGAACUCAACAUUUGAAAUGUUAGAAAGAUUUAUUCAACUAGAGGAAGCUGUUAAAAGUACUGUGGCUAUUAUAGAGAAAGAACUUCCUGAUGUGACGAAAACCCUAAGCGGAGAAAAAUAUUGCACAACUUCCUUAGUAAUACCCCUUUGCAAUGGACUAACUAAUAUUAUAAAAAAAUUAUCGAGAAAAGAGUUACCAGAGCCGAUGGCUAACGUAGUACAACGUCUUAAAUCAGGCCUCCAGGAACGUCUUGGUAAUGUUGAAAAAAAUAAUACGUUAGAAAUAAGCACUUUCCUUGACCCAAAAUUUAAACUCUUGGCUUUUUCCAAUCCUUCUAUAGCUGAUAACGUUAAGACAAAUUUAAUAGCGUUAAUAGCAGAGAGUAUAAUAAAAGACACCCGAGAUCACCAAAAAAAUACACAAACAGAGACCGUAUUUGUUGAACAAGAUGGAGACUUGGAAGAUGAUAUGUCAAUUUGGAAUGCCUUUGAUAAAACCAUUGCCAAAGUUCAACCAAAAGUUUACCCAACCAAAGCCCUAACACUUUGCAAAUAG